CCCUCUUCACACUCCUAAACCCAACCCAAUAAAUCUCUCCUCACUCCUCACUCCUCACCCCCCAACCCACCACAUUCACAACACUCCAUUCCCAACUCACACACACCAGCAACAAUGCUUCUUCUCCUCUUACUCCUUCUUCUAACAACCUCCACUUCCACUUCAACCUCACCACCUUCAUCACACAACCUCUCAAACCCUCAUUUCCAACAACUCAACGUCAAAGAAACCCUCUCAGAAACAAAACCCAAACCACACCCCACCCAAAAGUCCAAACACUCCAACAAACACCAAAAACUCAACACCAUCACCGAAGAAUCAGGAAAAUGGAAACUUAAGCUACUCCACAGAGACAAAAUCGCCACCUUUAACACUUCCCACGACCAUCGCAGCCUCUUCAACGCACGAAUGAAGAGAGAGGCCAAAAGGGUCGCCGCCCUCAUCCGCCGCAUAACCGCCGGGGGAUCCAACUACGAGGCCUCAGCAUUCGGGUCGGAUGUAGUUUCGGGCAUGGAGCAAGGAAGUGGCGAAUACUUCGUUAGAAUCGGAGUGGGUAGCCCACCCAGAAACCAAUACGUGGUUAUUGACUCAGGCAGUGACAUCAUAUGGGUCCAGUGUCAACCCUGUACCCAAUGCUACCACCAAUCCGACCCGGUAUUUGACCCGGCAGAUUCUUCCUCUUACACCGGUGUCCCUUGUGGCUCCACCGUAUGCAGCCACGUGGAAAAUGCUGGGUGCCACGAAGGAAGAUGCCGUUACGAGGUUUCUUACGGUGACGGAUCCUACACCAAAGGAACGCUCGCACUUGAAACACUCACUUUUGGGCGAACCGUUAUCCGAAACGUGGCAAUCGGGUGCGGCCACCGGAACCAGGGCAUGUUUGUUGGAGCGGCUGGGCUUUUGGGCCUUGGCAGUGGGCCCAUGUCUUUCGUGGGCCAGCUCGGUGGCCAAACUGGCGGAGCGUUUAGUUAUUGUUUAGUGAGUCGGGGCACCGAAUCGUCCGGGUCGCUUGAAUUCGGGCGUGAAGCGAUGCCCGUUGGCGCUGCAUGGGUUACUCUGAUCCAUAACCCACGGGCCCCGAGUUUUUACUAUGUCGGGCUUUCGGGCCUUGGAGUUGGUGGGUUGCGGGUACCCAUAUCCGAAGAUGUUUUUAAGUUAUCCGAAUUGGGCGACGGAGGGGUGGUGAUGGACACCGGCACCGCCGUGACGAGGCUGCCGACGUCGGCUUAUAACAGCUUCCGGGAUGCUUUUAUUGGCCAAACCACAAACCUGCCCCGGGCAUCGGGAGUGUCCAUUUUUGACACUUGUUAUGACUUGUACGGGUUUGUGUCGGUUCGGGUCCCAACCAUAUCCUUUUAUUUCUCGGGUGGGCCUAUUCUGACCCUCCCAGCUAGAAACUUUUUAAUUCCAGUGGAUGACGUGGGAACUUUCUGCUUUGCAUUUGCUCCUUCUUCUUCUGGGCUUUCCAUCAUAGGGAAUAUCCAACAAGAAGGGAUUGAAAUUUCUGUUGAUGGAGCUAAUGGGUUUGUGGGAUUUGGACCUAAUGUGUGUUAAGUGAUUAAUUAAUUAACUAAUUAAUUAAGCGUGUAUAUGAA